CGCUCCCUCUCUCUCUCUCCACAUCUUCAUCUUCUACCGCUUCAGUCUGACUCCGUUCCCUCUUUCUUUUCUCCCCCUCUUCGUCACCUCUCGUAUCUGUACUCAUCCUCCCCUGCCCACCUCCUUUCAUCAUCAGCUCGUAUCCUCUCUUCCAUCUAGUCUUUUUUUUGUCUCACCCCUCAUCGAUACGAACGCGCGUCCUUUCCUCGUUUGCUAAAUCCCGAAGCCUCUCUCUCUCACUCUUUCUCUCUCUCCGUCCCACCCCCUUCCUCUUUACGUUCCCCCCUCCCUCCAUACUCUAUUUUCCUCAAUGCUGAAGUCAGUCAAAAGAGAUACGCUGAAGAAAAGCGGGGCGAACGGCGGGCGCUGAGAGAGAGAACGAGAGAAGGAGAGAAGCUGGAGGGAGAGAGGGGAGAGGGGGGAACGGGGGUUUGGAUACAUCUCCACCUGUCUUCUUCUCUCUGCCAUGGACUGCCUCUGCAUAGUGACCACAAAGAAAUAUCGGUAUCAGGAUGAAGAGACUCCGCCCCUGGAGCACAGCCCCGCCCACCUGGCUCACAGCAAGAGUGCCGAGAUGCUUCACAUGAGCGAUAAGAACCUGGCGGCCAUGGACUCCAUGCACAGUUACGCCCCACACACACACAUCUCACCAAUAAAGCCAGUGUUGCUGUCCUCUGGUCAGACCCCUCUGUACACGUCUGCGGUCUCCACACUGGCGAACUCUCCACCAGUAGUGGUGAAUACAGACACACUGGACGGCUCACCUUAUGUAAACGGAGCAGAAGGAGAGAUUGAAUAUGAAGAGAUUACGCUGGAAAGGGGGAACUCUGGGCUAGGCUUCAGUAUCGCUGGAGGGACUGAUAAUCCUCAUGUAGGAGACGAUCCCAGCAUCUUCAUCACCAAGAUCAUUCCUGGAGGAGCCGCUGCACAAGACGGGAGACUCAGAGUAAAUGACAGUAUUCUGUUUGUGAAUGACGUUGAUGUCCGGGAGGUGACCCACAGUCAGGCAGUGGAGGCCCUCAAAGAGGCGGGCGCUAUCGUCAGACUCUACGUAUUACGCAGGAAACCCAUCGCUGAGAAAGUCACCGAACUCAAGCUCAUCAAAGGGCCAAAAGGGCUAGGCUUUAGUAUAGCGGGUGGUGUCGGGAACCAGCACAUCCCCGGUGACAACAGCAUUUAUGUCACAAAGAUCAUCGAGGGAGGGGCGGCUCAUAAGGACGGACGACUACAGAUCGGGGAUAAGAUACUGGCGGUGAAUAAUGUGUGUUUGGAGGACGUGAUGCAUGAGGAUGCGGUGGGUGCGCUGAAGAACACAGCAGAGGUCGUCUACCUCAGAGUGGCAAAGCCAAAUAACCUGUACCUUACCAACAACUACAACCCACCAGACCUCACUAGCACGUACUCUCCGCAUAUGGACGCGGACCUUGGACAUCCAAACUUCCUAGCCUCGGAUUACCCACAAGCCCUCACUCCCACCUCACCGAGCCGCUUUUCUCCUGUGCUGCAUGGCUUAAUGGGAGAUGACGACUUACCCAGGGACCCGAGGCGUGUUGUGAUCCACAGAGGAUCGACGGGUUUGGGGUUUAAUAUCGUUGGAGGAGAGGAUGGUGAGGGAAUAUUCAUCUCUUUCAUCCUGGCAGGAGGCCCUGCAGACCUGAGCGGAGAACUGCGCAAGGGAGAUCAAAUUUUGAGUGUGAACGGAGUGGAUCUCCGGGUAGCUACACAUGAACAAGCAGCAGCUGCCUUGAAGAAUGCUGGACAGACUGUAACCAUCAUCGCUCAGUACAGGCCAGAAGAGUACAGUCGAUUUGAAGCUAAAAUUCAUGACCUCAGAGAGCAGUUAAUGAACAGCAGUAUGGGCUCUGGAACAACCACAUUACGAAGUAACCCAAAACGAGGGUUUUAUAUCAGGGCUCUGUUUGACUAUGAUAAGACCGCAGACUGUGGUUUCCUGAGUCAGGCUGUGGGCUUUCGGUUUGGAGAUGUGCUGCAUGUUUUGGACUGUGGAGAUGAAGAGUGGUGGCAGGCCUGCAGAGUCAGUCCUCAGGGGGAUGAGGAGGAGGUCGGCUUCAUCCCCAGCAAGAGGAGGGUUGAGAGAAAAGAGUGGUCGCGCUUGAAGUCACAAGAAAGGGACCGAAGUCGAGACAGUAUAGGCUCACAGGGAAGGGAAGAGGCAGUACGGAGUUACGAGACAGUCGCACAAGUGGAAGUGCACUACGCGAGGCCGAUCAUUAUUCUGGGCCCGGUGAAAGACCGAGUGAAUGAUGACCUGCUGUCUGAGUUCCCAGACAAGUUUGGCUCUUGUGUCCCUCAUACGACACGACCCAAGCGGGAAUAUGAGGUGGAUGGACGGGACUACCAUUUUGUGUCGUCGCGGGAACAGAUGGAGAAAGACAUUCAGAACCAUCGUUUCAUUGAGGCGGGCCAGUACAACAGUCACCUGUACGGGACCAGCGUUCAGAGCGUGCGAGAGGUGGCAGAACAGCAGGGAAAGCACUGUAUUCUGGAUGUGUCCGCAAACGCAGUUCGUAGACUACAGGCUGCACAGCUUCACCCGAUCGCCAUCUUCGUACGGCCCAAAUCACUGGAGAACGUCCUAGAGAUCAACACACGUUUAACUGAGGAACAAGCCAGGAAAGGGAUGGACCGCGCGAUUAAACUGGAACAAGAUUUCCUGGAGUGCUUCUCUGCGAUCGUGGAGGGCGACAGCUUCGAGGAGGUUUAUCACAAGGUGAAAACUGUGAUCGAGGAGCAGUCAGGGCCUUAUAUCUGGAUUCCCACCAGGGAGCGUCUGUGAGAGUCCAAACCACCAUUCAGCCUGGACCGAGGACCCGACUCGCAGAGCCCACGAGAAACAGACAGAGAGAGAGAUGGGAAGAGUAGAAGAGAGGGAGGAAUCACAGAGACACCAGGAAAUGAUGAUGGAGAGCUUCCCUUUUCUGCUUUUAACUUCCUUUCUCUGUCUUUCUCUCAGUCCUUCUCUGCUUCUUUCUGGCUUUCUCUCUGAAUAACGUCCUCUCGCACAGGACUGGUGAGCUGUUUUUACUCUGUCACGAACUGGGAUGCUACGAAGAAAUUUUGUAUAUCGCCGGAUUCCCUCUCGCUCUCUCAGACAGGAAGAGGAGAGAGACGAGCGACCGCCUUGGCUUUUACUGGAAUGAGACUUUCAAGAGCGAUUCCUGAUUAUAGGAGCUCGUUUUACAACACUAAAGGUGGAUCGAACUGAAUUAUGAAAGUAUAUUUAUCAGUAUCAAUAAUGCGCUGAAAUCUUCAAUAUCAAAGAUAUUCCGACUACUCAGAGACUGGCGUUCACCCACAGUUAUCAGCAUCAAGGGCGUUUAAUUUCCCUUUUACAAAAUUUGAAGUGCUUGAUGUGUGCUUUCUGAAAUCCAGGAAGUUCGAAUGUUCCCCUUAAACCGUUUGCAGCUACAGUAGUUCAUCGCAUCGACCGGAUGAGAAGAAAGGGUUGAAGAGAUUCUGCACAUCAUCACAGAAAGCCAAGCCACAUGCUUGAUAUUCUGUUUUCUUUGAUUUCCUCGCGCUUACAUGUAAACAUUCGCCGCCUUCUAUCUGGAUCUCCUUGCAAUAGCCUGAUUGAUGUUUUCCUUUGAGGCGAGAUUCAUUUGCUCGGUUGGAUUAUUUGGGCUCAAACACACAGACUGCUCUUUAAUGUGCAAUAUCGGGCUCUUCCUUAAUCUUCUCCUAACGUAACGAAUUUUAGCCAUGCCUUGGAUCUUGAAGUCAUCGCUAAAUUAUCAAACGUAAUACUUUAGUCAUUUUAACGUGCCCGGUGGGUUCAGAUCACACUUGUGCUGGAAGGCUACGUUCACGCCGCAAACAUUUAUCUUUUAUGUUGUUAGCAUUUUUAUUUAUACAGCCAGUCUUCUUCACAGUGAAGGUAAAUCAGGCGUUUUAUAACUAAUAUCAUGUUAAAUGGUUGUAAACUCGCCUGGUUGUACACACCGGAGGUCAAGGUUUGGCCAGUAAACAUGGUAAUUAUACCAUUUUCUGGACAUCCUUCUCCUUUAAAAGCCUUUCUUAAAGGGAUACUCCACUUUUUUUUUUUUUUUGGAAAUAGGCCCAUUUUACAACU